AUGGUAUCAAGACCCGGUGGUGGUCGUACCACCACCGUAGCGACGUACCUCUUCACCCGCCUGCGCCAGCAAGGCGUGCACGCCAUCCACGGGGUGCCGGGUGAUUUCACGCUCAAGGCGCUGGACCACCUGGGACCCGCGGGGGUGAAGUGGGUGGGCACGUGUAACGAGCUGAACGCGGGCUACGCGGCGGACGGGUACGCGCGGGUACGUGGAUUGGGGGCGCUGCUGACGACGUACGGGGUCGGCGAGCUAAGUUGCCUCAACGCCGUCGCGGGCAGCUUCAGCGAGCAUGUGCCCGUGGUGUCGAUCGUGGGCACGCCGCAGCGCCGUCUGCAGGAUUUGCGGGCGAAUGUCCACCACACGCUCGGGGACGGGCGGCCGAGGGUGUUUGCCGAGAUCGCGCGCCACGUCACGGUCGCGCAGGCCAAUCUUGUGAAUCAAGACACAGUGCCGCAGGACAUUGAUCACGCCAUUGCCACGGCGUUGAGGGAGAGCAGACCCGCAUAUAUCGAGCUACCGGCGGAUAUGGUGGGGAAGGAGGUCGAUGGGGGGAGGUUGGAGGAGCCGUUGCUGGACUCGACGUCGAAAGGUUCGGGGUCAGGGUCGGGGUCGAUUGAUGGCGACGAGCACCGCGAGAAGAGACUCGUCGACGAUCUGUUGCAGAGAAUCUACACCGCCAAACAGCCCCUCCUUCUGGUCGACAGCGGCGGUGGCGUGCGGCAGCUGCGGAGCGAGAUCAACGCCUUCGUGCGCGCGUCGGGGAUCCCGACCCUGUGCAUGCCCUCCGGCAACGGCAUGGUCGAGCAUGCGCUCCCCAACUACUACGGCGUGCACUCGGGCCCCGUCGGCCAGAUCGACACAAUGCCGUACGUGCAAGGCGCGGAUCUGGUGAUUGCCUUUGGGCCCAUGUUCUCUGACACGCAGACGCUGUCGUGGAAGGUGGUGCCGGACCCGGCGCGGACGGUCACGUUGGCUAAGAAUGCCAUCCACAACCGGACUCGACAUACCACGACCAACGGCGCCACGGGGACGGAGACAACGAGGGAUACGGAGUCGAUCGAUCUCCCACGAUUCCUCGCCCGGCUGACGCAGCAGAUUGAUCGUUCAGCCGUGGCCGCGGCACCCGAUGCAGUGGCGUCUCUGGGGAACUUCCGCACCAUCCAGGCCCCUGCAUUUAUCUCGCCAGGGGUGGGCAAAAGCAUCAUCGACCUCGACGCCCCGAUCGACCAGACGUCUUUCUACCUCCGACUCAGCGCGUACCUACGCCCCUACGACAUGGUGGUCCUGGGCAACGCGACGCCGAUUUUGGGAGGGCGAGACCUGGUCCUGCCCCAGGGAGCCCAGACCAUCGCCUCGGGCCAGUGGUUCUCGAUCGGCCAUAUGCUGCCGCUGACCAUGGGGGUGAGUUUGGCGCGGCAAGAACUACGGCGACAACGACGUCAUCAACAUAAGGCAGCACCAUCACCGUCACCAUCAAAAGAAGAAACAAAAGACAGUGGUGGUGGUGGUGAAGGACGAACCAUCCUCCUCGACGGCGACGGCGGCCUGCAAGCCACGGUGCAGGAACUGGGCACCUUCAUCCGGCACCGCAUCCCCGCGACCAUCUUCCUGAUCAACAACGCCGGCUACGCCUACGAGCGCCUCAUCCACGGCAUGCACGCCGACUACAACGACCUGGCACCCUGGCGGUACGGGGAGUUGGCCCGCGCGUUUGGCGCGAGUGAGGCGCAGCUCUCCGUGGUCGGAGACGGGCAGGCGAAAGAGGACGACUAUCCCGUGCGCAACUACGAGAUCUCCACCUGGCGGGAUCUCGACGCGUUGCUCGCCGACGAGAACUUCUGCGAGGGCCGCGGCUUGCACUUUGUCGAUGUGCGGAUGGGCAAGUUCGACGUGCCCGAGAAGUUCAAGGUUGUGUUUCAGAGGGCGGGGGAGGCGUUGGGGUAG